UGCGGGGAGAGAAGGGGCGAGACACAGUGGCCCGGGGGGCACCAUCCCCCGAUCUCCACUCCGCGCAGAGAAGGAACGCCCGCCGACACCGCGAGACCCCGCAGUCCCCGCGCGCAGCUCCUAAGUUCAAGGGCGACGCCCCUCACCAGCGGAGUCAUCCCGCGCGGCGAGCUCGCCGGCCCUAUCGCCCCCGACCGGCCCUCUGCGCCCAGCGCCCCUCCGGGUCCCCGGAGCCGCCCGCGCGCCCGGCGGGGCCAUGCCCGUGCUGCGCCGGGACCGCCUGCUGACCCUGCUGCUGCUGGGCGCGCUGCUCUCCGCCGACCUCUACUUUCACCUGUGGCUCCAGGUGCAGCGCCAGCUGCGGCCCCGCGAGCGCCCGCCGAGCUGCCCGUGCGCGCGCCGCGCCUCCGCCCGGGCCCCGGGCUCCGCCGCCGCCGCCUCGGACCCCCGCACGGCCGCGCACAACUUCUCCCGAGCCCGGCUGGGGCCAGAGCGGGACGGCGGUGGCCGCCCUGGCCCCGGCUCCAAGCUGCAUGCCUACUUCGCCUGCCCGCUGUACAACGUCCCGGACGAGCCGCCGGGUCUCGGGCCGGAAGACUUGCUCCUGGCCGGCCAGGAGGCGCUGCGCUAUUACCGGAGGAAGGUGGCCCGCUGGAACAGACGACACAAGAUAUACAGAGAGCAGCUGAACCUCACUUCCCUGGACCCCCCAGUGCAGCUCCGGCUCGAGGCCAGCUGGCUCCAGUUCCACCUGGGAAUCAACCGCCACGGGCUGUACUCCCGGUCCAGUCCUGUCGUCAGCAAACUGCUCCGCGACAUGAGGCACUUUCCCACCAUCAGUGCUGAUUACAGUCAGGACGAGAAAGCCUUGCUUGGGGCGUGUGACUGCACCCAGAUUGUGAAGCCCAGUGGGGUCCACCUCAAGCUGGUUCUGAGGUUCUCGGACUUCGGGAAGGCCAUGUUCAAACCCAUGAGACAGCAGCGAGAGGAAGAGACGCCCGCCGACUUCUUCUACUUCAUUGACUUCCAGAGACACAAUGCCGAGAUUGCAGCUUUCCACCUGGACAGGAUCCUGGACUUCCGACGGGUGCCACCAACAGUGGGGAGGCUAGUCAAUGUCACCAAGGAAAUCCUAGAGGUCACCAAGAAUGAAAUCCUGCAGAGCGUUUUCUUUGUCUCUCCAGCCAGUAACAUGUGCUUCUUCGCCAAGUGUCCAUACAUGUGCAAGACCGAGUACGCUGUCUGUGGCAACCCCCACCUGCUAGAGGGCUCUCUCUCCGCGUUCCUGCCGUCCCUCAACCUGGCCCCCAGGCUGUCUGUGCCCAACCCCUGGAUCCGCUCCUACUCGCUGGCCGGAAAAGAGGAGUGAGUUGGGCCCCUGGCCAUGCACAUUAGCCCGAGACUGUGGCCCUGGAUUCAGGCUCUUGUCUGAACUGCCCUCCGAAUCCUCAGCCUAUGGUCCCUCGCUCCAAUGCCUCUCUCCUUUACAGGAAAUAUGGACCGUCACCAUUAUGAGAUGUUCACCAAAUUUGGGGAUGAUGGGUUCCUUAUUCACCUGGACAAUGCCAGAGGGUUUGGGCGACACUCCCAUGACGAAAUCUCCAUCCUCUCGCCUCUCUCCCAGUGCUGCAGGAUAAAAAAGAAAACACUCUUGCACCUGCAGCUGCUGGCCCAAGCUGACUACAGGCUCAGUGACGUGAUGCGGGAGUCACUGCUGGAGGACCAGCUCAGCCCCAUCCUCACAGAGCCCCACCUCCUUGCCCUGGACCGGAGGCUCCAGGUCAUCCUAAGGACCGUGGAGGGGUGCAUAGCGGCCCACGGAGAGCAGAGUGUCGUAGCCAGUGGCCCAGCAGAACAGGCAGCCCCAGACUCUGGCCAGGCUAACCUGACAAGGUAGGGGCUGGACGAGCCCAACUGCAGAAACGACACCUGCAGCCACGGUGGACUCGAGUGCGGACCUCUGCGUCCUCACGUGCCCUGGCCCAAGCUGGAGGCCCUGGGUUGUGAGCUCAGGGAGCAGGUAGGGCAUUGGGACGGUCCUCAAAGAGCCAAAGUGGGACCCUGGCCUGCCUUCCUGGUGCACCGUUUCUUGAGUGGACUGACUGCCCUGGCUCCGCAGACCACCUCCUGAGCCCACUGGGAAAUCUGGAUGAAUCCAAGGUCAGACUUGAAGGGUAUGGAAGCCUUAAUCCCAGAAGAGAGUAUUAAUUGUUACAAAUAAAAUAAAAGGACAUCAAGUGGACACCUAA